UAAUAAAAGGCAUAGUCCCGCAAGGAAAGGUAUUGGCAGUUCUCGUUUCCCUCUUCUUAAACAUUCUCCCAACGGUCUCUCCUAUCCUCUUGAUAGGGAGAGGAAGAAGAAGGCCUUGCGCAUAGAAAGUUUCUCGCCAUGAACGAGAAAGCUAACGUUUCUGAAGAACUUAAUGCCAAGCACAUAAAGAUAUUGGAGGGUCUUCUUAAAUUACCAGAAAAUAGAGAAUGUGCUGACUGCAAAAGAAGGGUACCACGAUGGGCGAGUGUGAAUCUUGGAAUUUUCAUAUGCAUGCAAUGUUCAGGGAUCCACAGAUCCCUUGGAGUGCAUAUAUCAAAGGUUAGAUCUACAACUUUGGACACAUGGCUUCCAGGGCAGGUUGCAUUUAUCCAAUCUAUGGGGAAUGAGAAAUCAAAUAGCUAUUGGGAAGCAGAGUUGCCCCCUAAUUAUAACAGAGUUGGAAUUGAAAAGUUCAUCCGUGCAAAGUAUCAAGAGAAAAUAUGGGUUCCUAGGGAUGCAAAAGCAAAAUCAUCGUCAACAAAUGGUUCAAUUUACAGACCAGGACCUGGAAGUAGUUGUUGGCAUGGGUACACAGAAAAUACUGAACAUUCAUCCGAGGAGAGGAAAGAUGCUCAUCCACCUAGAAUAUAUAACAAGAUAAUUACAGCGAAUGGCAGUGUUCCAGUAGAUGUUGAUCUAUCCUACCAGUCAAAUAUGGUGCCACCAUUCUCUAUCCAUCAACAACAACUGCCAAUGCUAGCCCAAAAGUCAUUUCUCAUGGCUGCUUCAGCAAAGUCUAGUGGCAGAUCCCAAAUAUCACCUGCCAUUGUACAUCAACCUGGCUCCAAGGUUACUCUCAUACCUGAUCAGAAUUGGGGAAGCAUAGGCCAUCAAGUUCCUGGAAUGAAGAUGCCUGGGGCAGAAACUAUUUGUUGGCGCCAACAGCUCAAUUAAAUAUACAGUGUAACAAGCAUGAGAGCAAGUGGACCUCCCCUCACUAUCUUUGGUACCUUCAGUCACUCCCAACUCAACCGGUAAACGAUCAUGAUUUUUCAUCAUUAAUGCAAGGGAUGUUUAUGAAACAGUGAGCAAAAUUGCUAAACAAUGUGGCAUUUGAAGCAGUCACUUUCCCAACGAUUCAUUUGUGUCAGCAAUUAUGCUGCCAUAAUAACGUUGAUUCGUCUUAUUUGA